GAUAGAUGGAACAGUUUUCCGACUUCGGCUGCACAUGGAAGCGGUUUCCAGUCCGCGGAUCGCUAAUAAACAGAAUCACCACAUUCGAUGUUACGAUUUCAAGUGUUCAGUGAUCUUCACUGUUAUAAUUUGCUAAUAUAACAACAGAUUCCAUUUGAAAAUUGGACUUAGUGUUCUCAAACAUCGCGAUCGGUGAAGAUAUUGGCAAGGAUCUUGUAUCUUAUAGUAGCCAUGACGUUGAUAAGUGUUGCAACGCGAAGUGAUACCGUGCAAAAUAGGCAGUGUAAUGUGCCGUCUAAGGACUCCCAUUCUGAUUUGAUGGAGUCAAGUGCUACGGAUCUGGAUGAUGAUAAUGUUAUUUCCGAGCUGAUUGGUGAUGGUGGACGGUGGCAAUUCACGUGGGCUUUACUAGUGUUCGUUUUUCAGAUACCAACUACUAUGCACAUGUUCACAUUUGUUUUCCAGACCACCCAUAAGGAUUUUUGGUGUGCCAGGCCAGAUCAUUUAAAAUCAAUAAACACCGACCUUUGGAAGAAUCUCACCCAACCCCUGGGCCUUUGUACGAUAUUGGAUAUUGACUACAGCCGUUUCGACGCAUCUAACUUUGAGGAAACCAUGUCGAAUCUAUCGACGAGCAAUCUAGAUUUUCGGAAAUGCACCAAAUUUGAAUAUGACGAUAGCAAAAUGGGGCCAACAAUAACAUCUGAUUACAAUUUGAUAUGUGAUCAAGUAAAUAUGCUGAGUGUGGUGGAAAUGUGUUUCUUGGCCGGAGCAGCUGUUGGAAGUGUUACGAGCGGUUGGAUUUCAGAUAAAUAUGGACGGAAGCAUAUUUUGAUGAUAUUUGUGACGAUGCAGGUUGUUAUUGGCACAUUGAUAAGCUUCACUACAUCACUGCAUAUGUACAUGGUCCUAAGGAUUAUAAUUGGAUUUGCAUCAAUGACUGUCACGGUUGUUAGUUUCGUUCUGGUUGUCGAAUAUGUAAGCGGUCGAUGGCGGAUUAUAAUUGGCAUCUUGAAUCUGUUACCGGUGCCACUCAGUUACGUUAUCACGGCCGGCAUUGCCUAUGUGGCGCGUGAGUGGCGUCUAAUGCAGAUACUGACGUCGUCACCUUGGGUUAUCCUGCUCGUCAUGUGGUAUUGGCUUCCUGAAUCUCCUCGGUGGCUCCUAUCCAAUGGAAAGAUUGAUAAGCUGAAAAUCAGCCUGGAACAAGCGGCACGAAUGAACGGACAAGUGCUACCAUCGAAUUUCGAGAAAACCCUUGAAGUCUACUCGCAAAGGGAGAAGGCCGAGAUCUCAACAAAGGAGCCAGUGCUGGCUGUAUUCAAUAAGGAGUUUCGAAAGACAACUAUCCUUGUAAUUAUUGUCUGGUACUCGAUGAUCCUUCUAUACUUCGGACUAACGUUACAUCUGAAUAAUUUGGGAGGAGAUAUUUACAUGAAUACCGUUAUUAGUGGUCUCCUGGAAGCCUUCACUAUCUGCAUUAGUAUUCCUAUCGUUUUGAAGAUAGGCAUGCGACCCAGCGUUGUGAGCUACAUGGUAAUAGCUGGAGUGGCGUGUUUAGGUGUUAACUUCGUUCCAGAAGGGAAUCUAUGGAUCAUAAUCAUGUUAGCUAUUAUAGGUAAAUGCUUAAUUGGGGCAAAUAACGCCAUGGUUUCAACAUACACAGCCCAACAGUACCCCACGAUGAUCAGGAACUUUGCUGUCGGUGUCGGGAAUUUCGCAGCUGGAUUGGCUUUAAUAACAAUACCGUAUAUGUGGUUGUUGGAAAGAGUACAAGUCUACUUGCCCAUGUCUAUAAUGGGAUGUGCUGGCAUUGUUGCAGGCAUCGGUCUAUACCUCAUAAAAAAUAAUCCACAAGUUUAGAGCAAUGCAAUCCAGAUUGUUAUGUUUUUAUGUAAAGUUGAUUUGUGAUGUAAACAUGAACAUUAUUACCUAAAAUGGGGCUAUUAUGCUUCGCCACGAAAAGUAUUAAUUUAGUUUAUAAUACUGAGUGUAAUUUAGUCCUUAAAUGUAAGUUCAACCCUUCUGUGGAAGUAUGUUGGAAUUGUAUUUAAUCUUAAGCAAAAUAGAAGAUACUCUCAUGAAUAAUACCACAAAAGUCCUGCAGUUUCUGGAGUACUACAUUCUAAAAUCAUUACAGCAAAAAAGGAUCUACAAAAGGUUCCACGAUAUAAUCCAUAACCCUGUCAUACUGGAUCUCUCCAAGGAUAGUCUUUGAAGCUGUACUUAUCACCACAACUUGAUGAAGUAGUAAUUCGCUGAGUUCAGACUCCUUGGUAAGCUUUCAGAUUUUUUUUCACUCGGAAAAUCAUAUACGAUGAAAACUUUCAUCAAAUUAUAAAAGGGUAGCAUCUGAGGAGUUAGACCUCCAAUUCGUUACCUCCCGAGAGCUGAGAGACCGGAAUCGCAAAAUCAGUUAAGGAACAGUACCUUAUUCACCUCAGGAGCAUAUCCAUGAGUUGUAUCUUCUUGCUUAAACAAAAGUAAAGAACGUACUUACUCAUACGCAGAUACCUUCACUUUUAGUAGACAAACCUGUAUAAUGUCUUGCGGUUUUGAAAACUUUGCAAAUAUAUCAUGUGUCUCUCAGAGAAGUAUUGCCCCCAUCCAUGUAUCUGAUAGAAUAGUUAGAAGCUUACUUAGUAUUUUUAAGUGUUGUGAAUUUGUAAAUUGUAUAUUUCAUUGAAUAAACGAAUUUUAUUCUAAGU